AUGGCAAAACAAAUAAUUCAUGCCGGGCUAAGUACACCUUCGAGAAUGAAAAAUGAAGAUUUUAAAACUGCAGAACAAAAAUUACACACUGAAUUAAUCAUUAAAAACGAAAUUGAAGUAGAAAAUGUUCCAAUGGAAUUUCAAGUAAUUCACGUUAUCAAUAAUCCUUUGAUAAUUAAAGAUGACGAUAUGAAAAUUGAUCAAGAUCAUUUGAUAAUCAAAGAUGAAAAUGUUGAUGAACAAUCAUUUAUCUACAAUCAAAGUAAUUUACAAAAUCAUACAGGACUAGAAAUUAAAAGGGAUUUAAAAGAAAGUUUUCUAAUGGAUCUGGCAAGUGGUAAUUCUUGUAUUAAAAGAGAAUCAUCGUUACACACGGAAUUAAUUUUAAAAGACGAAGAUAUUGAAGACAAUCAUAAUAAUUCGAAUGUUGAUGAACAAUCAGUUAUCGAUCGAAGUAAUUUACAAAAUCAUGGAUUAGAAAUUAAAAAAGAUUUAGAAAAAAGUAUUCCAAUGGAUCUGGCAAGUGAUAAUUCUUGUAUUAAAAGAGAAUCAUCGUUACACACAGAAUUAAUUUUAAAAGACGAAGAUAUUGAAGAAGAUCAUAAUAAUUCGAAUGUUGAUGAACGAUCAGUUAUCGAUCAAAAAAGUUUUCAAAUGGAUCUGGCAAGUGGUAAUUCUUGUAUUAAAAGAGAAUCGUCGUUACACACGGAAUUAAUUUUAAAAGACGAAGAUAUUGAAGAAGAUCAUAAUAAUUCGAAUGUUGAUGAACGAUCAGUUAUCGAUCAAAAAAGUUUUCAAAUGGAUCUGGCAAGUGGUAAUUCUUGUAUUAAAAGAGAAUCGUCGUUACACACGGAAUUAAUUUUAAAAGACGAAGAUAUUGAAGACAAUCAUAAUAAUUCGAAUGUUGAUGAACAAUCAGUUAUCGAUCGAAAAUCAUCGUUACACACGGAAUUAAUUUUAAAAGACGAAGAUAUUGAAGACAAUCAUAAUAAUUCGAAUGUUGAUGAACAAUCAGUUAUCGAUCGAAGUAAUUUACAAAAUCAUGGAUUAGAAAUUAAAAAGGAUUUAGAAAAAAGUAUUCCAAUGGAUCUGGCAAGUGGUAAUUCUUGUAUUAAAAGAGAAUCAUCGUUACACACGGAAUUAAUUUUAAAAGAUGAAGAUAUUGAAGAAGAUCAUAAUAAUUCGAAUGUUGAUGAACAAUCCUUUAUCGAUCAAAGUAAUUUACAAAAUCAUGGAUUAGAAGAAAUUAAUAAGGAUUUAGAAGAAAGUGUUCCAAAAGGUCCUACAAAUGAUGACCUACGAAUUAAUAAUGAAUCAUCGUUACGUAAGGAAUUAAAAAUAAAAGAUAAAGACGUUGAAAAAACAUACGAAAAUUCUGAUCUGGAUAACCUGCAAACAGUAACCAUUCAAAGUAAUUUAAAUAGUCCAAAACGUGAUCAAAAAGGAUGUUUUUCUUGUCAUUUAUGUAAUAAAAAAUUGACCACAAAAUAUGGUUUAAGUAACCAUUAUAGAAUUCAUAAAGGAGAAAAACCAUAUGCUGGCGAUUAUCAAGAACGACCAUUUUUAUGUGAUAAAUGUGGUAAAAAAUUUCUACGAAAAAGUCAACUAGAGAAACAUGACGACUCGGUUCAUUCAGAUGAAAAACGUUUUUCUUGUAAUAUCUGUGAUAAAAAAUAUACCGGAAAAUACACUUUGAGAAAAAAAUCAUUCUUCUGUGAUGUUUGUGAUAAAAAAUUUAGCCAAAAACAUCAUGUUACUCAACAUAAACGAAGUCAUACGGGUGAAAAACCUUAUGCAUGCGAUGUUUGUGAUAAAAGAUAUUUCAAAAAUCAAGAUUUAGUCAAACAUAAGAAAAAGCAUGCAAACGAUUAA